GUUACAGGUGCUUCGUCAGCGUAUUAAGAUUCAGAUAAUGGCGAUGACAACUCGUAGAUGGGCGUGGGCGGCGGUGUUCCUGGCGGCCACGGGCGUGGUUUGUGCCGCCCCCUCGGACGCGAUACAAGAGGAUUAUUUGGAAAUAUUCAAGAAAUUGAUGUCAGGAGACCGAGAUGAGGAAUUCUUGGACAUCGAAGCCCUCCUGAAAUGCAGCCCGAACGCCACCAGCGAAGAGUUCGGCAUCUGCCUCCCGCUCGCCCACUGCGCCAACACAGGGGGCGUUCCUGCCGGGACCUGCGCAAGGGGCUUCGGUGUCUGUUGCAUCGCCCAGCGUACCUGUGGCGAAAGCACAAGUUAUACCCACACAAACUUCGUGAACCCCGGGUACUAUGAUUCAGAUACAGGAAGCGGCGCCUGCACGCUGACGGUCAACCACGCCAACAAGAAUAUCUGCCAAAUACGCCUCGACUUCUUGGAGCUGGAACUUGCCCAGCCGGACACCGAUGGCAACUGCAACAUAGACUUCUUGGCCGUCACUGGAGGAGCUUCCACUGUGCCCACGAUCUGCGGGUCGAACUCGGGCCAGCACAUGUACAUCGACGUUGACCCAACCUGCGGCGCCCUCAAGGUCACGGUUGACAGGUCGCCGGCCCCGCUUGCUUCUCGCUGGUGGAAUAUCAAAGUCACUCAGAUCCCUUGUGACUCAGAAGCAAGAGCGCCUACCGGAUGCCUUCAGUACUAUACAGAGACUUCAGGCUACGUCAAGAGUUUCAACUUCGAUAGUUACAACUCUUUUAAUUAUUCAGAGAACAGCCAGAUCGCCCAACAGAACUACGGCGUAUGUAUCAAGGCGGGUGAGGGGUACUGUGGUAUUAUGUGGGAGCGAAUGACAGUUUUUGGGUUCACCGUCAGCGGAAAUUUGCCUGUUAUUUCGCCUUCUCUUGUUGGCACGGCCGCGGCUAGCAGCACGGGCGCGACGUGCACGACCGACUACGUGAUCAUCCCGGGCGGCGUCGACAACAAUCAGAACUCAGAGGACAGGUUCUGCGGCCUCGGGUUCCCGGACUCCGUCACCUCUACCAUGAAGCCCUUUGUAAUGUACGUGCACACUGACGCAGACGAAAGCUCGGAAGUAGCUAACCGUGGCUUCGGCAUGCAGUACCGACAGAUCACAGACUGUUGCUGAUAAGAUGGUGUCUAUUGGCGGUGUGGAUAACUAGUGGAGAGGGGAGGGGGGGGUGA